GGUUAUUGUAACUUGAGUUCAAGUUUCUCAAUAUCUCAAUGUCAUCCUCCAGAUUCUGGGCAUUACAUUUCUAUAUGAAUGUGAGAUCUAUUAUUCGCGGUUUCAAUAUUCCCACCCUAAAUAAUGUUUUCGUUCUCAGCGCCGAGCGUUUAUCAAUCCUCAAAAUGUUUUGUCACAUACGGAGUAAUGGGCCGUCCUGAUCCCCAAAAUUUAUCAAGCAAGGGAAAGCCAUGGAGCACGUUACUGUCGCAAGACUUUGUGCACAAAGUAGAUCUAAUCCUCCCGGCGGAACUAGUGCAGCUCGUCGAGGACAAGCUCACAGGUGAUCCGAGUCGAGCACCUGUAUUUCAUAAGGUUAUCAUGACAGUCGGUCAAAUCUUAGAGGGUGACUUCUUCACCGAAUACAUCAAGAUAGGCGUGCUUACGAUGUAUCUCGACAAAGAGACGUAUGAACGAGCUGGGCUUGUUGGAAAGCCACAUGGAGUCAAGGGCAAACGAGGACUUAAACCGAGAUGGGUUGUACAAUUCGAUCUCCGGAGUCCAUCGAUGCUCCACGGCAAGAAAGGCUUUGACAGAUUGGCAUAUGCGUGUAAGAACGUUUUCAACGCACCCGUCACCUGGCUUUUUAAUAAUCUUUCCAAGACACCUGUCCCUGACCCUCUCUCACGGCAUUAUCCCGUCAAGUAUACAUCACACCCCAAGAUCUCUAAGGAUAUUUCUACGAAGUUACCAUCGUUGAAACCUCCGAUUUCUAUCCUAUCGAGUCAAAGCCAGUUAGACCUGGAUGAAUUCGCUACGGACAUAUAUGAGUGGCUGUCUCUAGUCCGACUUGAUAGUCCACGAAUCAACAUAGAUGACAAGAUCGAUCCGUAUUUGUCCAAUUACACCGUUCCCGGUGCCCCAGACGACCUUCAGGAAGGCAAGCUGUGCCGAGUUAGCUGGCAAGGGUUUAUUCCGCCAAGGUGGACUCGACAAACCUUGGCGGAGGUAAUACUCGCCCUGCCAGCCAAGUCAUGGUUCUCGCUAAGCACUACAACAUUCGCGAGGGAUAUCGCAGGAGAUAGCGCCGAUUGUACCAUCUUUAGACCACCUAACUCGCCAAGGGAAUAUCUUCUCUGGGAUAUCAGGAAACAGAAUUGA